AGGACUGAGGGGCUCCGUUAGGCCGCAGGGUAACGGCUCUGGGGCCGGGGGGGGGCCGGGGGGGCAGCGGGGCCCCGGGCACGGCCGGGUCCCGGGGCUGGGCCGGGCCCCGACGCCGUUACCGGGGCCGGGCCCCCCGUUGCUAAGGGGCGGGGCCUCCGUCGAGCAAAUCUCGCGAGACUUCCCCGCGCGUUGCCAAGGAGACGGCGCCGCGGCCUGGCCGCCAUGGCGCCCAAAAAGGCCGUGAAGAAGGGGAAGGGCGGCAAGGCCCCGGCCGUGGUGGACGCCUCGGCCCCCGAGGAGAUGAGCAGGGAGCAGCUGGGGCAGCACGUUGUGCGUCUCCGGGAGGAGCUGGAUCGGGAGCGGGAAGAGCGCAACUACUUCCAGCUGGAGCGUGAUAAGAUUCACACCUUCUGGGAGAUCACCCGCCGGCAGCUGGAGGAGAAGAAAGCCGAGCUGCGUAACAAGGACCGCGAGAUGGAGGAGGCGGAGGAGCGGCACCAAGUGGAGAUCAAGGUUUACAAGCAGAAGGUGAAGCACUUGCUGUACGAGCACCAGGAAAACCUCACCGAGCUGAAGGCAGAGGGCACCGUGUCCAUGAGGCGGGCCCAGAAGGAUCACUGGGCCCAGGAGAUGGAGCUGCGCAAAGACAUGCGCUCCUUAAAGGUGGAGCUGAAGGAGCAAGAGCUGGCCAACGAGGUGGUGGUGAAAAACAUGCGCCUGAAACAAGAGGAAGAGAUCACGCGGCUGUGCAACGACUUUGAGAGACAAGUGAAAGAGAUCGAGGCCAAGUACAACAAGAAGAUGCAAAUGCUGCGGGACGAGCUUGACUUGCGCCGGAAGACCGAGAUCCAUGAGGUAGAAGAGAGGAAAAACAACCAGAUCAGUGAGCUGAUGAAGAACCACGAGAAGGCCUUCAGUGAGAUCAAGAACUAUUACAACGAUAUCACCCUCAAAAACCUGGCACUCAUCAACUUGCUCAAGGAGCAGAUGGAGGAGAGGAAGAAGAGAGAGAAUCAGCUGGAAAAGGAGAAGGCAGAUUUGCUGCUCCACAAGAAGCAACAGCAGGAGACCCUGCAGCAGACCCAGGAGCAGGUGUUUGAGAUGCAGAAGAAGUUGGCCCACUAUGACAUGGACAAGGAGGCUCUGACGAACACAAAAGCCCGUCUGAAAGUCAUCCAGAAGGAACUGAAAGACCUUCAGUGGGAACACGAGGUGCUGGAGCAGCGGUUCAGUAAGGUGCAGGCAGAGCGAGAUGAGCUCUACCAGAAGUUCACCAAAGCCAUUAACGAGGUGCAGCAGAAGACGGGCUUCAAGAACCUGCUCCUGGAGCGCAAGCUGAAAGGACUCCUCGACGUCCUGGAGAAGAAGGAGGUGGAGCUCAGCGAGGUCUUUGCAGCCUCCAACCUCGACCCGGGCGCCCUCUCCUUGGUCUCACAGAAGCUGGAGGACGUGCUCGGUUCCAAGAACACCACCAUCGAGGACCUGCAGUUCCAGCUGGCCCGAGUCUGCAAGGCACACAACGACAUGCUGCAGACGCUGGAGGCGAAGCUGACCGCUUUUGGGAUCCCACUGGACAACCUGGGCUUCAAGCCCCUGGAGAGCCCGGUGCUGGGCCAGGCGUUGGGGCAGGGCCCCGCGGGACUCGUGGCGGUGCCCACAUGACACCAGGCAGCACCCAUGGGUGCUGGCUGUGCUCGGGUGCUCCUGGGGCAGGGAGCAGGGCUGUGCCUGCCUCAUACCACCAGCAUCCCACCCCAAGGAAGGUGAUUUCUUUUUUUUUU